GGGCGGUUCGACGGUGAACACAUUAUCGUCUGCCAAGAGCGCUCCUCUUCACAUUGUCAUGUUACGGCAAAAGAAGAAAUCCUCGAAAAUGUACGCCUCAUCCGAAGGAAAAUUUAGCAUCAUCGACAAAUUCGCUAAGGACGUAUCCGAUUCGGACGUGGACACACCGAUACCAAGGAAAAUCAGCGAAAAUCAGAAGCGUAUACGUUCCUUCUCCAAGUCAGUCGAUGGACAAUCAGCUACGGUAGCCGCACCAUCACGUUUUCGGAUUGUUCCAGUGGAAAGCAAAUACAGACGUGGCCGAUGGAAUUGUUUCGACUACUACGACAAGGACACAUCGAAAGGCUUCAAGCCUGAAAUUGUCCCGCUUCGACAAAAUACCAACGCUCGACCAGUUCGUUCGCUGAACAGAAAUUAUGGACAUCACGAUGCUAAGGAUACCAUUCGAUCUUCCGAAAACUUUGAAGAAGAAGAUUCGAGCGAAAGCGAUCGAGAAAAUAGCGAUAUAUUCGCCAGGCUGAACAUAUCAGAUGGAAAAGUUUGGAACCUACGCAGAGCGUCAACUCCAGCAUUUUCGAGGACCACUCCGGUUCCAGAAGUGCCGCUCACAAGUCUAAAAGCACAUGAACCUCCACCAUUUCAGAAACGUGGUGCUGCAGGUAGAGUCAUGAACCUACGCAGAGUCUCGCUGAAGGCGCAGGAGGAAAAACUGCAAAAAGGUUUGGAAAAAUCUUUCAAUCCAUCUGAUGCCCGAAGCAGUCAGCGCCAACGUCACGAGUUAUGGGCUAGUAAUUCUUCGGCUAGCAUGAACGGAACGAGCCAAACAUCAACGCUGGCAAUCGAUUCGAAGAUUGAACAAGCCAUGGAUCUUGUCAAAACUCAUCUUAUGUUCGCUGUUCGAGAGGAAGUGGACGCUUUGAGGACGAAAAUCACGGACCUAGAGUCAUACGUAUUCCGAUUGGAGACAGAGAACGACAUUUUGAAGGCCAAUAUUCCUGAGGAGAUACUAAGAAGCAUAAACCUUGGACACAUUGGUUAAGCGAAACUAUAACUCCUGUAUCGAAACGCGUUUGCGUAGCAUUUAACAACGAACAACAUUGUUCAGAGGUUGUAAUUCUGCAAAUCGUGACAGUUCUUGACUGUGAAUUAGCUGUAGAAAUCUUAAGACCUUCAAAACUUCUGCAUGCUAUUUUGUGAGCUUAAUUUUGUUUCAUGUUGUAAGGGUACGCAUUCACCUUGAGACUCCACUGCACGAAUUCUAUUGUAUAAAUACUGUGCAGUGAGAUAUAUCACAUUACAUCGGUAUGUAUGGAGAUUCCACUGUAAUAACUUUUAUCUGUAUUAUUUUUGGACGACCAAUGUAUUUUGUUCGAAUGUAAUAAAUACGAA